CACCUAUCCACCAUUUUCUUGAAUGCAACACUCAAACCACUCUCGCAUUAGCUUCAUCUCCUUCUUCUUCUUCCUCAUCAACCCUUAACCCUCUCCAAUUCAAAAAAAUGCUAGGGAAAAAGAUUGGUUCGAUGAAGAAGCUAGCCAAGAAGAUUAAGGUCGUUGGCAAUGAAUGUCGUGAUCCAUCAAAAAACGAGUGUUUGCUAAGAGAUAAUUACGAAGGAGGAGGAUCCCCCUCAUCCACGAAGACGCCACCAGGAACUUUUGCAGUAUACGUAGGCGAGGAGAGACAACGGUUCAUGGUGCCAACUGGUUACUUGUCUCACCCUUUGUUCAAGAUGUUGUUAGAGAAGGCCUACAAUGAAUUUGGUUUCGAGCAAAGAAAUGGCUUGGUUGUACCAUGCAGCGUCCCUGCAUUUCAAGAAGUGGUAAGUGCAGUGGAAUGCUGCAAUGGAAAAUUUCAUUUUGGGGACAUGGUAGAGGAGUUCAUAUAGGUAGAUCAGGGUAAAAACUCUACUUUUUUGAGUAGCACUUAGAAAUCAUAUGAUAUUAUAUUUAGUCCAUCCAAACAAAUCAUAAAACACUACGAAGUUUUGAGUUAGUUCAUCCAGAAUCUGCAAUGAUCAUCCGACUGUAUUCUCACUUCCUUCAAGCUGAUUUAAAAAUUCUCUCCCAUUUCUUCUCAGCUAAAUUUGGUAAGUUAAGAAAAUGUCAUUUAUCGGGAUUCUAAUAACAUUCUACAGUGUACUAAAAUAUACUCUAGGCGUCGGAUUGCACUACCACCUAUCAGGAAAAAUGUCAUAAUAAAAAUUGUAGAUUAAUAAAUU